AUGACCGAUCCCACAAACGCCAAUCCCUCUCCCAACGCCUCUGCUGUCGUGUCUGAUACCCCUCCUGCUCCAGCGCCCUCAGCACCCACCACGAAUACAGACGUCGCAAUGACCGAUGCAGACAGUCAUCUUCCUGUGCCUGAGCCUCCUCUUGUACCAGAGCCCACAAUCGACGGCGCCGAUCGGGAUUCUGCCUCCAACACUUUACCAUCGACGAGGCCCGCCAACAUUCGCCAGUAUCUAAACGAGAAAGUAUGCCCUAGUCUCACUGCGGGCUGUAAGCUGCUCUUCCAGGACCCGGACCACCUUCCGGAAGAUCCCCUUCGAAUUCUUGGAGAAUACCUCCUCGAGCGCCACGCUGAGAUUGUUGCGCAAAGGACGAAAGAGGUACAAGACACACCAAAGGUCGACAGACCUAAUGGCGAAACAGCUUCAGUAUGA